UAUAAUUUAGUUUUUAGCCAAACAUUGUCGUGAACGGUUGGUUCGCUCGUACGGAUUAAAAUCAAUUUUUUAGUUUUAUCGUUCGUUUUAAAAUUAACGUGUUUUUUGUAGCAUUUAAACGUGUUUUGUUUUUGUGGUAGUUGUAUGCGAUUAUUGUUUUGGGCACGUCUUGAUGCCAAUACGCAUAACUGGUGCAUAAGACCACAACGACUAGGUUGACUCAAGCUUUCGUAGCUUUGGUUAAUUCCGCGAAACAAUUUGUUUUUCUCUAUUACCAUUUUUGUGUGCAAAAUAAUUAAAUGAUUAGAUACAUACAAAGAUAAAGAUUGGCAAAAAUACACAAUAGCCACAUAAAAAAUGCAAACGACAAAGACAAAUGCUGAUCACGUACAUAUGUAGAACAAACGGAUUACAUACUUGUAAAUAUAUGCAACCAAAUCAACCUGCCACAUUUAUUGUACAAGUAAUUACAGUAAAUAUUAUCAACUUACCAGUCAAACAGUCACUCACUCACAUGUCGACAAUGUCGUUGAUAAACUCCCUAAUGGAGUGAAGAAAGAAGUGCUUCUUGUUUUGUUUCGUUUUAAUUUGAUCGGUAUUAUUGUGAAUGUGAAUUGGUUUACGAUAUAAUGACCCAUAUUAAAUUAUAAAGUGUUUAAAACAAUCACAAAUAGAUUAGAGAUAACAAUAAAAAAAUAAACAAACAUGACAAAUAGUGAUAAAUCAACAUCAUCUGCUCUGACUCCCAAAACAACUUUGGGAAAACGUGCCGCCAAGAAAUUAUGGAAAUUAUUAACGAUUAAUCCCAAUGCAAAUAGUGCUACUACUAACAACCUACCUACAAGUCCCACCUUAUUUGAAGGUGGCUCGAAGCAAUGUCGUGACAUGACAAUGCAAGAAUCAUAUCUCAAUGAUAAAGCCUCAACCGUUUCCAACAUUUCUACAAAAUAUUCCACAACCAACUCAACGGUUGAUUCAAAUUCUCAAAAAUCCUCCUCAUGUACACUUAAUGAGGCAGCAAAAUUAUUUCCACGCAAUAUGCCAAGCAUCAGACGCAGUCGCCGACGCUUGCAGCAAAACGGCACCACACAACGGAGCCGAGAAUCAUCGGCAACCAAAGGAGUCUUGAAUACGACACACAAAAGUGCCUUUGCCAGAGUGGCACCAACUCAAAGUCUUCAGGAUACGUCGGAUGUGCAAGAAAAGUCUAAAAAAUCAUGCAGCAAAACCAAAAUGACACCGAAAAAGCUAAAAGCAAAUUGUUCUAAAAAUCGUCUAAAAUCGUCAGCAACAACAACUGCAAUACUCAGGAGAAAUUCUGGCAAAGCUAGUCAACAGCAAGUGUUGUAUGCUAUGAAAUCUGUAGUCAUGCCAGCAACACCAACCAAAUUAAAUUCAAAAACAACAACAUCUUCAUCAUCCAGCAACUCACUUUGUUUUGUUCAACAACAGCAGCAGCAACAUAAACAUUCUCGAGAUCUUUCACAACAAUCGAGUCUCAUCAGUUAUGAUUUAAGUUGUGCAACCAGUCAGCAAAGUCUACAGCAGGUACAUGUGGCCGCCGACAGCACAGUUAAUGACAAUGUCAAAUACCCAGUUGGUAAAAACAUGUCAGAUGACACAUUUCUAUCAUCUGGCAUUUCGUGUCCCAGUGAAACACACUCCGAAGACAGUGCCACAAAUUCACCAACAUUUUAUCAAACAUCCAUUACACACCAGACAAUUGGCAAAGCGUUGCAAAAUACAAACGUCAGCAGUGGUCACAACACGAAUUCUAGUGCAGUUUGUUGUAACCACAAUGAAAUACAUCAAGUUGUUGCUGCUGAUAAACAUAGCAAUGGUAAUAAUAAUAGGUUUGUUAAACAUACAAAUUACAAAGACUUUGAAGGUGAAGAUGAUGAAGAAGAAGACGUUUUGAUUUCAAUGGAACUGGCCAUGAUAACUGGUUGUGGCGAUUGUAAAAGUGAUACAAAUUCUUUCAAAUCUAAUUCAUUUAACAACAACAACACAAAGCCAAAUGCGAACUCUGCUAACCCUUUGGUCGUUUUGGAUUUACACAAUUUGAAUAAAUGCCGAAAUCGUAAUGCUGUUUGGAUGCAUGCCACAAACGAUGAUCAUCAGUUGUCCGAUAUUGAGGAGCAAUUACACAAAAUCGAAAUGACAGCUACAACGACAGCAACAUCUAUGGCAACUAUGACCACAACAACAUCGUUAACUACUCAAAAGCCCCAUUCAAAGCCAAAUGAGUCCCAUGAAAUGGGUCAUAAAACAGUUGCUGCUGCUGUCGCUAAACAAUCGUUUCUAAUAAAUAUAUCAAACACAUUAACAGCAACGGAAUCGUGUGCCACAACCAACAUACUAGCAUCAUCAUUAUCGACAGCAACAACAGCAGUAACAGCUACAACAACACCAGCCAUAAAUAAAAAAGCUCAUCACGAGUUGUUGGCCGAGGUCAUUAUGCAACAGCCAAGUGAUUAUUAUACACAAACGGAAAGUGAACUUUUACAAUUGGAGGCAGCUGGAGUACAUUUACCAGCCUAUCAAUUACAAGCCGACUCCUUAGCACAACUAACCCAGCAACAACAACUACAGCAACAACAUCAUCUUCAGCACCAGCAUCCUUCGUCUUCUUCAAAUAAUAACGAUCGUUCAACCCCAACAUCAUCAUCGAAUGCCACACCUACACCCAUUACCACAAGUAACAUUGAUCCAGCGUCAAGUAGUAGCAAUGGUGGCAGCAGUCACACAGCCACAUCAAUACAUUUUGUGGCCGCACCAUCACAAACCCAACGUCGCCACUGUCAGCCACCCUCAAAUUUACCGCUUAGUUCGAUUACAUCACCCCUGCGUGCCAAUUACAAGACAACAGCGUAUUUACACAGUCAUCAUCAGCAAUUAGAAUUUCAACGAAACUCACAGUCGGACGAUGACAGUGGUUGUGCAUUGGAAGAAUAUACCUGGGUGCCACCGGGUCUGAGGCCUGAUCAAGUACGUCUAUAUUUUUCACAGUUGCCAGACGAUAAGGUGCCGUAUGUUAAUAGUCCUGGAGAAAAAUAUCGCAUUAAGCAAUUGUUGCAUCAACUUCCGCCACAGGAUAAUGAAGUACGCUAUUGUCACUCCCUAAGUGACGAGGAACGUAAAGAAUUACGAAUAUUUUCGGCACAACGAAAACGUGAAGCUUUGGGACGUGGUGCAGUACGUCUUGUAUCAGAUGAACGUCCUUGUCAAAAUUGCAACGAACAACUUUCCUCUGGUGACAUUGUGGUCUUUGCUCAACGUCUUGGCGCACAGGUUUGUUGGCAUCCUGCCUGUUUUGUUUGUUGUGUUUGCAAGGAAUUACUGGUGGAUUUAAUAUAUUUCCAUCGUGAUGGCAACCUCUAUUGUGGACGUCAUCAUGCUGAAACACAAAAGCCACGUUGUUCGGCAUGUGAUGAGAUUAUAUUCUCAGACGAAUGUACCGAAGCUGAGGGACGUACUUGGCAUAUGAAACAUUUUGCCUGUUUCGAAUGCGAUCUUCAGUUGGGCGGUCAAAGAUAUAUAAUGCGUGAAGGCAAACCUUACUGCUUGAGUUGUUUCGACACUAUGUUUGCCGAAUACUGUGACUAUUGUGGCGAUGCCAUAGGCGUGGAUCAAGGUCAAAUGUCUCAUGAUGGUCAACAUUGGCAUGCAACCGAUCAAUGUUUCUCGUGCUGUACUUGUCGUUGCUCUCUGCUAGGUAGACCGUUCUUACCUCGUCGUGGCACUAUUUACUGCUCCAUAGCAUGUAGUAAAGGUGAACCACCAACGCCUUCCGAUACCAGUUCGGGGCCUCAACUCAGACCAACACAUCGAGCCAGUACUACAAGUCAAAUAGCCCGUUCCCCAAGACCAGGCAAGGCACCAAAUAGCAAAGACCGUCAUGCUCACAAGAGUUCAGGCAGUGCUGGAGAUUUGCUAGAAAGACAAGAACGUCAAAGAAGAGAAGAUUUGGGUCGUUUAAUGUUGGCUCGAAAUCUUGACAAUGUGGUUGCCCCGGGAAUACCACGACCAGCUCAUCCACCACCUAUAGAUCUAACCGAAUUGGGCAUAAGCCUAGACAACAUUUGUUCUGGUGAUAAAACAAUAUUUGGAGAUCCCAAUAUUACAGCCUCACUACCCGAUAUGCUGGUAUCUAAAGCAGAAGAUUCCCAUAGUUAUCAAAGUAUAGAUAAAAUUAAUAUUAACUCUCCCAGCAACUCGGACAUGACUGAAAGUACACAAGAGAUUACUAAUGAAUUGGAAUUGGAUCAGGAAAACGAUAAUGAGGGUCACGAUGAGUUGCCACAUGAUAACUAUGAACGCAUUAAAAACGACAUCGAUGAUGACGAAGACGACGAUGAGGAGGGCGAAGAUGAGGAAAACAAUCGUCAUCCCACCAAAGAAGUAAGAUUUCACAGUAUUCACGAUACCAUGUCACGAUCCAAAAGUUAUACUGACAAUUCGAAUGCACGUCGUCGACGACGCAAACGCAAUCAGUCACGCAGCAAUUCGGAAAUGCAAAUCAAUCAAACCAAUCUAAGACUGCACAAUGCUCAAACUCAAGCCGGUUCAAGUGCUGUGAAAAAUUUGGACAAUUGUGAUGCGGCCAGCAUUUGUUCUACGUGUUCGUCCAGUUCAUCGAGUGAUAUGGAUGAUUAUGUCUAUCGUCUGCCAGCACGCAAACAUUAUGGUGGAGUGCGUGUUUCCUAUGUUCCCAACGAUGCCAUUGCGUAUGAGAAAAAACUAAAGAAACAAGCAAUGAUGGAACAAGCUAACAAUGCUAUGAACAGCUAUGGUAACGGUCAGUCAAUGCUAAAUAGUAAUCAUUCAUCAUUAGUGGCAGCAUCUUCCAUAGCGGCAAAUUCAGCUUCAACAACAGCAACAUCAGCAAUUGUUGGUGAUGGCAAGAAUUGUACAAUUUCAUGACAACCUCCAAUAUUGCCACCACCACCGCUCAAUUUGAGUAGUUAUUAUAUACUAGACACCAUAAUGGAGGAGGACAGAUAUGUGGCCAUAGAAAAGAAACCUGGUUGUUUUAGACGUUUUUGGAAUCUCUUUAGUUCAGGCAGAAAUAAACAAACAAAUAAAUAUUUGCAAAAUGUUUAGGGAUUUUAAAGGGUGUAGAUGAUAUAAUGAGAAAAUUUUCUUUAAAUAAAAAUUUUACCAACAUUCCUAUAAACAUAGAAUUUUAUAAAAAUAAACUUACUUAUAUAAAUAAAGAGUUUUAAUUUUCGACAUCUAGCAAUCUAAAAGUUCUGUUGUUGAACUGGAAUGAUGAGAACAAUUUUGGUAUUUAUUACGAAAAAGAACUUUAUAGAGUUAAACUAUUUCAUAUCAUCAUUAAAACAAGAUUUAUUCCAUUAAUUGUUAAAUUCCUGCCAAUAUAUAUUAAGAAAAAACUGUAAAAAUAAAUUUGUAAAUAUUGAGAAAUAUAUUAUUGUGAAACACAUAUGAAAAGAAACUUCCAUAUCGCAUUUAACUGUAAAACUUAAUUAUUUUUAAUUUUAUCUAUAAAAUAAAUAAAAAAUAUAUAUAUUAUGAAACUUGUACAAAAUAUUGGUAAAAUUACUUAAAAAUUUAUAAUUAAACAAAAAUUAAUAACCACAAAAAACACAAUUUAAUAAUGUUUUGACUAGACAGUAGCAGAAAUAAUAUCGUAAUAAUUAUACAAUAUUUAACAGCAAAACAAUUUUAAACAAAGAAAUUUCAGAAACAACGAUGAACAAUAAAAAAUCCAAAAAAAAAAAAUACUAUUAAAUAAAUUUGCAAAACUACAAAAAAACCCCUUAAAUAAUACAAAAGAAAGUUGAGACAACGAAAUUUUAUUUCUUGUGGCCAUAAAUGAAAAAUAUAUAAAAAACGAAAGUUCUUUUAUGCCAAAAAUGUAUGAAAGAAAUAAAAUUGAAAACAAUAACCCGGCUUCCAAAGUUGAAAAAUCGAAACAAUAAAGAAAUUAAUGGUUUCUUUUUAAACAAAUUAUAUUUAAGUUUUUAAUUUUUUCGUUAAAUUUUUGUUUAUAUUUCUACAUAUCUUGUAAAUUAAUCUUUAACUUUGAUGAUGUGCAAAUUUGUUCUUUUUUUGUUAGAGAGUUGUUUUUAUGUAAUUUUAUAUUUUAUUGACAUCAUAUCUUAACAAAAUCGUAGACAUUCACAUCCGUAAUUUUGUUUAAACUUCAUCAAUAAUAUUUUAUUUGUUCUUCCAUAUUGUUGUUAUUAACUUGUGAUGAAAACAAAAUAUACUUUCCAUUUCGUAAAAGUGAAAUUAUUCAAAGCGCACAUGCAUUAACACAUUCAGAUAAUUAUACAUUCUGAUACAUUUUAUAAUAAAUAGUAAAAGUAAUUGGUUUUAAAGGGGACAAAAGUGAACUGAACUCGGUAAAUCUUUCCUUACCCGUUAAGUAGGCAAGUAAUAUUGGAGCAAGAUAUUAGUACAUACUUUGUGGGUGAAUAACUACAUAUUUGAUUUAAUUAUGACCCGAAUUUUCCGGAUUUAAACCCGGCUUUAGAGAUACAUAUUUUCUAUUCUCUUACACAGUGCUCUAUUGAUAAGAUAUUUUAUCAUGACAACUGGAAUGGUUUUUGCAGAAAUGAAAAAAUCAACAUUUCUUUAAAAAAACUUUUAAUAUUGACUAGGGUUAGAAACACAAACUAAUUCUUUAUUAGAUAUACCCUAUAAAUAAUUGGCUAAAAAUUUUAUUAAAAACUUAAUAAAAGUUAUAAAUGACGACCACUCAUUACCAAGUAAUGUAUGAAAUAACUAAAUUACCUACAAUGCUUAUUACAAAAAAAUGAAAAUACAUGAAUAGUAACCAAUAUUAUUAUUUUGUUAAAGAUUGUGCUCCCUUUGUACCGACCACUGAUUCCCUUGAAAAAAGAAACAUAUUACAAAGAUUAAGAAACGUACUUUUAAAAUGUUUACCAAUUUGUUUUUUUUUUUUAUAAUAUAAAAUUUAAUGUUGUAUUAUUAUCAUAAUUAUAUAUUUUUUUAAUCUUUAAACUGUAUACAUAUGAUUAAAUAAAUAUUUUAAGUUUAUCUAUCAUUAAUCAUACAUAACUUACUUAUUUACAACAUGUAUAUUUUAUGAAUAAUUAAUUAUAGUUCUAUAGACUUACACAUAUUAAUUUAAGGUGAAAAUAUUUAAGACGAUAUAUAAAAUGAAAUCAAAAAAACUAAAACAACAAUCCAAUAAAAUAUAAUAAACACUAAAUAUGUUACAAACUGUGA